UCAUGUACGAGAAUUUACCUGCGGGAUGAACUACUACCGCACCUUUCACAUAGACAAUAAAGGAGAAGCACUCUAUGUCGGAGCCAUGGACCGCGUCUACAGGCUGAACUUGAGCAAUAUCAACCAAUCAAGCUGCGAGAGAGAUGCUCUCAAUCUUGAGCCAACCAAUGUUGCGAGCUGCGUCUCUAAAGGAAAAUCAGAGCACUUCGACUGUCGCAAUCACAUACGAGUUAUUCAAUCGAUGGGGGAUGGAAGCAGACUUUACGUUUGUGGUACGAACGCUCACAACCCCAAGGAUUGGGUCAUCAAUUCGAACUUGACCCAUCUGCCUCGCAACACCUUCGUUCCCGGGAUUGGAAUGGGAAUUGCGAAGUGUCCUUACGAUCCUGCCGAUAACUCGACUGCAGUAUGGGUGGAAAGAGGCAAUCCCGGAGAUCUCGCCGGGCUGUAUUCUGGUACCAACGCAGAGUUCACCAAAGCAGACACUGUCAUCUUCAGGACAGAUCUUCAUAAUCUUACGACGGGAAGAAAAGAGUAUAGCUUCAAGAGGACUCUGAAAUACGACUCCAAGUGGUUAGACAAACCGAACUUCGUGGGCUCCUUCGAUAUCGGUGAAUACGUUUUGUUCUUCUUCAGAGAAACCGCCGUGGAAUACAUCAACUGCGGCAAAAGCGUUUACUCCAGAGUAGCUAGAGUCUGCAAAAAGGACACCGGAGGAAAGAAUAUCUUAUCGCAGAACUGGGCCACUUAUCUCAAAGCCCGACUCAACUGUUCCAUUCCCGGAGAAUUCCCGUUCUAUUUCAAUGAGAUACAAAGCAUCUAUAAAGUACCAGGUGAUGACAACAGAUUCUAUGGAACCUUUACUACAUCUACAAAUGGUCUUAUGGGUUCAGCCAUUUGUUCUUUUACUCUCUCAGAUAUACAAGAAGCAUUUAGUGGAAAAUUCAAAGAGCAGGCAUCUUCAUCAUCAGCUUGGUUACCAGUUUUGUCAGGCAAAGUACCGGAACCAAGACCGGGUACGUGCGUUAAUGACACAGAAACGCUCCCUGAUUCCGUUCUCAACUUCAUCAGAAGCCACCCCUUGAUGGAUUCCGCUGUAAUGCACGAGAACGAGAAACCUGUGUUCUUCAAGAGGGAUGUUUUCUUCACCAGACUAGUAGUGGACAAAGUGAAAGUUGAUAUCGGGGGAGACGUAUUAGAUUAUACUGUAUAUUAUGCUGGAACUAACGAUGGAAGAGUUCACAAGAUCGUGGAAUGGGCAAGAGAAGAAGAUUCAUCUUCGAUUCUUCUCGAUGUCUUUGACGUAACUCCAGGAGAACCCAUCCAAGUCAUGGAGAUUUCUAAAAUACAUAAAGCUCUCUAUGUAGCUUCCGAUCAUAGAGUAAAGCAAGUGGAUUUGGUGAUGUGCAACAGAAGGUACGACAACUGCCUCAGAUGCGUGCAUGAUCCUUACUGCGGAUGGGAUAAAGAUUUGAAUGUCUGUAAACCGUAUUCACCUGGUCUUCUUCAAGACGUCUCCAACAGAACCCACGAUGUUUGCGACAGUAGUGUCGUAAAAAAGAAGAUGAUCGUAACUUGGGGCCAGAGUCUUCAUUUGGGUUGUUUCCUCAAGAUGCCAGCCGUUCUUGCCACUCAGACGAUCACCUGGUACCAUUAUUCUAAGGAGAAAGGACGUUAUAAGAUCCAGUACAGACCCGAUAAAUACAUUGAGACUUCUGAACAUGGACUGGUUAUUAUUACUGUGACUGAAUCUGACGCAGGAAGGUACGAUUGUUGGAUGGGUGCCUCGUUGUUAUGCUCAUUCAACGUCACCGUCGAUGCCCAUAGGUGUUCACCUCCUGCCAAGAGUAACGACUACCAGAAAAUCUAUUCCGACUGGUGCCAUGAAUUCGAAAAAUACAAGUCCGCAAUGAAAACGUGGGAGAAGAAACAAGCUCAAUGUUCGACACGUCAAAACGCCAGCAACCAGAACAGCCAUCCAAACGAAAUAUACCGGCCGUUGGUGUGAUAGCUCAUUGAACGCGGGCCUUUGGCACUCACAUAUUUAGGUAUUCCCCUUUAUUGGACUCUCGUUUUAUUUGUGUAAAUAAAUAUUCACUUUCCUCGAGAGACAAAACGGCUGAUUGCAAAUCGGCAGAAGUGCCCUCUUUUUGUGAUUGAUGGAAGACGUCUUAACAGUUUCCUCCAGAUAGUGCUUGAAUUUUUGUGCUUUUUUGUCUUUUUUCGAUAUGUAUAUGGAUGACUUAACGAUUUGCAGUGUACUAGUGUCGUUUCCCAGGGUUUUGAAAUUAAUGACACAGGGUUUUUUACCACAUUAUUACUAAUGGAAAAUGCUGAAGGUACUACUACUUAUAUUUAACUAACUAAACAACAAAAAUGCUUAAAAUGUUCAUCCAAAUAAGGUGAUUUUGAGAAAUAUACCUUUUAAUUAUCUUAUUUUAUCCUUAUGUUACUCCCUUACACUGUUAAUGUCUUCACAUGUUUCUUUUAUGCUAUUUGAAGUGGAAGUCGAUAUUUGAACUCUCCGUCUAACAUUGCGUUGAUUGAUAUACGAUUUGACUAAUUUUGAGUAUUUUGGCCAAACUUUCAGUUUGGCGCGUCGAAUAAUAUAUCGCUUGUACUAUUUCGCCGACUUUAAAACAGUACUUUCAGUUGCAACUCUAAAACUGGAUGUCCCAGGUCAAAUUGAUCACCUCUAAUGCGAUCUUGGGUUAUAAGCUCAUGUUCGACACUUCUUUCUAUCUGUUCUAAUUACGGAGGAGUUAUAUUCACGGACAAACGGACGGACAGACAGACAUGGAUAAUUCAAGUUUUUCACCAUUUUUUUAAUGUUGUAAAAUGGGUGAAAAGAAUAAUUGGAUAUUUUCAAAUCUUUAUCAAUAGCUAACCUAUUUCAACAACUUUAAUUGUAUGUUUAAACAGCCGUCCACUUAAUGUUCUACUAUGCCCUGUUUUUACUAGGAGGAGUAAAUUCAGAAGACAGAUUCACACCCAAUAAUGUUACUAGAUAAAUCAGAACAUUCAUCUUCUUUUUGGUUGAUCAUGUCGGCCUUCGACGGUAAUCCAUAAAAAUAUUGUAAUGUAAUAUACACUAAGCACCAAAAUGAACGCACCACCUUAAAAAUGGAACAUUUUUGAUGUUUCGUAUUUCCUAAACCUGUUGUCCGAUUUUAGUGAUUUUUUUAGUAUAAUAUAGCUUUGUUCUUCAAGAAUAUCGGCGUAAUAAUACUAUUGCUAAAAAGGUAAGUGUCA